AUGAGCCUCAUGGCGUUUCCCUCAUUCCUGCCUGCUCUCGGAAAACCUGCUAUUCUGUGGAAACAGUGGCAACGUGUGUUUAAUAACUACUUGCUUGCUAUGGGAGGCAACGCCCACGAACAUGCUCGGCAGAAGGCCUUACUGCUGCACUGCCUCUGGGUUAGAGGCCAACGGAUCUUCUACUCUCUUCCGGAGACGCGCCCUCAGAUAUUGGGGCUACGUGAACCCCCUGAAGGCCAAAAGACACCCACUGCACUGGACAAGUACGAUGUCGCUCUGGCAGCCCUGUCGAGCUGCUUUGCGGCAACUCCAAACCUGUUCGACGCACGACAUCGCUUCGGGCAGCAAGUGCAGCUACGUGGGGAAUCCAUUGACAGAUUGUUUGCUGAACUACGGGACCUGUCGUCGAACUGCGAGUUUGGAGCCAUGGUGGACGACUUCAUCCAAGACCAGCUAGUUGCAAAGACGUCGAUCCAGCAGCUACGAGAGCGGCUGCUCCUGGAGGGUACCUGUCUCACCCCGGACUCUGCAUUGGUCAUCGGUUGUUUGGUCGAAGAAACAGUACGCUACUCCAAGGAACUUGUAUCAGAUUCAGCAAUGCCAAAGGUGGACGCUAAGCCUAUGCGGAGCGCCGAUCAACCACGCAUCCAUGGGAAAGUGAGCCUCCGACCCCCUCUAGAAAGAAGUUCUACCAUUCUGGGUCGUCAGGACAUCUUGCGAAUUUCGGUACAUAUAAGACAAGAAGGAAAACAUGCACUGCCUUCGGAAAAUUCUGGCAUUUUCGUGCUGUCUGCAUGA